ACCAGUUCAAAUCACGGGACUUUUAUCCUGCUGCCGGUCAGCGUUCGUCAUUCUCGAUAGUGCGAUGAAGUUUCAGUACAAGGAGCAGCACGACUUUGACAAGCGACGUCAAGAGGGAGAAAAAAUACGUCAGAAAUAUCCUGACAGAGUGCCGGUGAUAGUGGAGAAAGCACCUAAAGCACGCAUCUCUGACUUGGACAAGAAGAAAUAUCUCGUACCAGUUGAUUUGACAGUUGGCCAAUUCUACUUUCUCAUUCGGAAGCGAAUCCACUUGAGAGCUGAAGACGCGUUGUUUUUCUUUGUGGCGAACUCGAUUCCUCCCACCAGCACGACAAUCGGGCAACUUUAUCAAGAACAUCACGAGGAAGACUUCUUUCUCUACAUGGCCUAUAGUGAUGAAAGUGUGUACGGCUAAUCAGAGCCGUGACUGAGUUGUAGUACUAGAUUCAGACAUGUUUUGUAACGAGAAUAGGAAAUUAACGUUUGUACAAUGUGACGUCAAUCUGUUGAAGUGCAGUCGUUCUGUACAACUUGUAGAUAACUAGUUGACAUUGAUAUUCAUUA